AUGGCGCAACAAGGGCAGGGAAGCAUGGACCCUGCUGCUCUCGACGACAUCAUUCGACGGUUAUUGGAUUACAAAAGUCCUAAGCCUGGGACAAAGCAGCCUAUGCUCAACGAGUCUGAGAUCCGACAGCUUUGCGUCGUCUCUAAAGAGAUAUUUCUUCAACAGCCCAGUCUCCUUGAGCUCGAUGCCCCCGUCAAGAUCUGCGGUGAUAUUCACGGUCAAUACUCAGAUUUAUUGAGGCUUUUUGAGUAUGGAGGUUUCCCUCCUGCAGCAAACUACUUAUUCUUAGGAGAUUACGUUGACCGUGGGAAGCAGAGUUUGGAGACUAUUUGUCUUCUGCUUGCCUACAAGAUCAAAUACCCUGAAAACUUUUUUCUCUUAAGGGGAAACCAUGAAUGUGCAUCUAUUAACAGAAUCUAUGGAUUCUAUGAUGAAUGUAAACGAAGAUUUAGCGUGAAGCUCUGGAAAGUAUUUACAGACGCUUUUAACUGUCUCCCUGUGGCUGCUGUCAUAGACGAAAAGAUACUUUGUAUGCACGGUGGACUUUCUCCCGAUUUGAACAAUGUGGAACAGAUUAAGAACAUAGAGCGUCCAGCCGAUGUUCCAGACUCUGGUUUGCUCUGUGACCUUCUUUGGUCUGAUCCUAGUAAAGACGUCAAAGGCUGGGGGAUAAAUGAUCGCGGAGUCUCUUACACUUUUGGUGCUGACAAAGUCGCUGAGUUUCUAAUAAAAAACGAUAUGGAUUUAGUCUGUCGUGCCCACCAGGUUGUAGAGGAUGGGUAUGAGUUCUUUGCUGAUAGACAGCUUGUGACUAUAUUUUCUGCUCCAAACUACUGUGGUGAGUUUGACAAUGCGGGUGCAAUGAUGAGUGUCGAUGAAAGUUUAAUGUGCUCUUUCCAAAUUCUCAAGCCUGCAGAUCGGAGGUCACGGUUCUUCUGA